AUGUCUUCAUUUGCCUAUCGUCGAUCAGCCGUUAUGAAUGGAGCUAGACUGGGCCUGUUUGAGCCCAUUAAAAGCAAACUAAACGAACUGGACGUACAUGGAGAGCACGUACUGGGAUGUCGAGUGCUUGCUGGCAGCUCAGCGGGUGCCAUCGGAGCCGCCAUUGGCUCGCCACUAUAUCUCGCUAAGACUAGGAUGCAAGCGAAGAGCUCUGGCAAGUACCACUACAAGCAUACCCUGGACUGCUUCAGGAGCAUAUACACAGCCGAUGGCAUACGGGGGUUGUGGCGGGGUGUGACCGCUUCGAUCCCAAGAGUGGCGGUUGGAUCGGGUAUCCAGUUAUCGACUUAUGACACUACUAAGGCAUAUGUGGUGGACUAUACAGGCAUGGAAGAAUCCAGUAUGUGGACUCAUGUCACCGCCAGUCUAGUAACAGGAGUCGUGGUCACCCUGGGCAUGAACCCCUUGGAUGUUGUUUCCACGCGCAUGUACUCACAGCCCGUGAAGAACCACGUGGGUCUCCUUUACAGUAAUAUCUUCGACUGCUUGUUCAAAAUAGUUCGAACCGAAGGCUUUUUCAGGUACGGGUCCGUGUCUGUACAGUUUGGCUCAACUCACAGAG